CGUGCGAGGCGAGAGGAGGAUGCAAAGCUAUACUACUAGAGGUAGACGGUACGCAGCUAUACUGCCCCUGCGGCCCUGCCUGUGCGCUCUUUUGUAUGCGUGUGCACGGUGCUUUUCUCUCGCUGAUGUACUACGUAUUAAACCUGACGAACUGGUGGUAGUCGUGUCCGAGGGAGCCGGGCUGAGAUCUGACUCGGCUACAGUGGCGUUCGAGUGGGAGGGGGCGGGGGGAUAUUACAAGACAGUGAGGGCGCACGCCUCCCCGUGCCUCGCUGCUUCCUAGAUUUGGCCGCCUGGCAAGCUCCGGCUCUAUAGUUGCUGCGGCUUCAGGGGGCUUGAAAAGGAGCUGCUUCUGGGAAGUGCUCAGGCCAUGGAGUGCUCCCGGGGGAGGCGGAGAUGGAGUGGCAGAUCCAUGCUAAAGCUGGCGGCCUUGUGCUUCGCCAUGGCCAUCUGGCUGUGCUGCGUUUGGUCCUGCGAUUGCAGUGGCAGUGGCAGUGGCUGCAGAGGGGGUGCGGUGUUGCUCCGUUCAGACAUCUGGAGACGAACUGCAUCAUCUUGCGCUAAUCAGGGAUGCUCUAGAGGCGGGCAAUGGCGGCGGUUGCUGGCGGAGGGGCCGGGGUCGUACCCGCCGCGGUGCACGUCCAAGUGCGGCGACUGCAGCCCGUGCUACCCGGUGCACGUGGCCGUGCCGCCGGGCGUGCCGGUGACCACGGAGUACUACCCGGAGGCGUGGCGGUGCAAGUGUGGCAACCGGCUCUACAUGCCAUAACAGUGCAGUCCGCACCCGGGACGAAGAUGCUUGCUUCUUCUUGAUCCCGUGAUCUGCGGGAGCAAGGAGUCAGGCAGGCGGCGGCCGGCCGGUGGGAGUGUCGAGAGCGCAGCUUGCGCUUGCAGGAGCUGUGCAACACCGGUCGGGCGCUGGCCC